GUAUUGCUUCUGUUGCAAAAAUCGAGAGAUGUAGUUUUAUACAUCUGGUGAUAUUUUGAGACAUGUCUUAAACAUGAAGCCGUUGGUGGCAGUUUUUCUGUUGGCAUUAACGGUGUGUUCCCAGGAUGUCCUGCCUUCGAAGUGCAGACCUACAUGGUUCGCGGAACGUCUCGGUAAAUAUCCCGACGCCUUGGAGGUCCUCACAGCCAAGGCCCCUCUGUAUUCCCUGGUUUUUCAAUCUGAAACACCGAAGCCUGGUCUAGAGAUGCAAUGCUUACGUACAACAAAUAUUACGGUUGACCGGAGGUCUUGGUUGGCUUCAGUCGCCUACGAGUACAAUGAGCUCGAAGAGCAAGAAUCAAUAAGAGUACACGGGACCGUUGUCGCCUCCACACUUCAUAAGUGGAAUUCAUAUAUCUCUGAUAACACCAUCGAAUUUUAUUCCGGAGAACUAAAAGUCGGACCACCAUUAGCAACUUUAGAGGUUAUAUACAACGAUAAUCACUGUGUCCUCGCACGGUCACUUAUGUUCGGAUUUCAAGUCUGGGUUGCAACAAGCUAUCUCACAACGACAAAUGAAGUUCCAUACGCCUGCACACUAUUGUACGAAAUUUGUUCAGGAAAACCAAAACAUUUUGUGUACAAUAUCACGAUCUGUCAAAAUGAUCUAGCAGAAGGAGGCAAAUAAACUAUUUUAGAGAAUAGGAAGAAAUUUAAUUAUAAUUUGUUUUCUUACCUUCGCAAAAAGAUUUUUGAAUGGAUGAAAGGCUACCAGAAUAUAGAAAACGAAAAAAUUAUAUUCACGUUAUAAACUUUCCUCGCUAUAAAGACAAAAAAAACACAAGGGCCGCCAUUUUGUGUUUGAUUUCUUGUUUUUUGUAUAAACUAAAAAUGUAUAACAAAACCCGAAUAAUCUUUUCUUAUCGAGUGGCUAGAAACCUAACACAGGUUUUCAGUCUUCAUUCUGAGCAGGAUCAGAAUCAAAUUAAGGCAGAACUCGUCAACCUAUCCUGAGUGAGCUUUCUCAUCCUUAUCGAAUUUUCACUCCUUGGUGAGGCACCUUCAUUGCGUAGUGUUGCAUAAUUCUCCUGUAUUUACGUUUAGCCUACAGGUCUCUUCGGCAGAACAAAUUUACCUGGAGCGACGAAGUGCUGAACACAGCAUGACAUAAAACUGGCCUUACUUCAACCUAACAUUCUGAAUACCAUUAAGAUGCAUGUUUAACCGCUGAGACAUUAAUAAAAUCUCUAUCAUUUAUC